AUGGCUCCCAUUUCCAAUCUUCCCGGCUCGGUCAUCGUCGACCGUCAAUACAGCUACCCCCCUUGUCCGCCCGAUUCGCACAUGACGGAGCGCGGAUGUUCAGGGUUCGAAGAGAGCUGGCCUUGGACCUACGACCCUUCGACUACCCUCCAGCCCGAAACCGGGUUCCAGCCCGAAGGGACUGAAACCGAAUGGCACGACCCAUCCACCUCGACCCAGUCCGAACCGGAGCCCGUUUGGCACGACCCUUCCCAGGACGAUGCCGGUGGGCCUUGGGUCGGUAGCACGCCUAUCAAGGUCGAGUCGGACUACAAGCUCGCCGGUGUACCCGUCUUUGUGUGGGUCAUGCUGUUCACCGCAAUCGUCGCCGCAGCCUGUGUCGCCUUCUUCUUCUUUGCGAGAUACUUGUACCGUCAGGAUCAAGCUAUCAAGGCCGCAAAGGCAGAGGAAGCCGCCGCGGCCGGGGAGGCGCCUGCUGAGCCAGAAGAACCCAAAGCAGAAGAAGCCGCCGCCGAAGGGGAGCCUGCUCCAGAGGAACCCGCACCUGAAGAACCUGUUCCCGAAGCUCCUCCUGCACCUGAGCCUGAGCCCGAAAAGACUCCCUUGAUGGCACAGGUCGAGGCGGACAUCAAGGCGCUCCAGGAAACCCCUUCGCUGCCUGCGCUUUGGUACGCUUACGGAAACUUGACUGCGCGGAUCGACAACCACCCAAAGCCCAUCACCUUCGACGACGUGGUUCGAUCCAUCCGACACCCAUAA